GUUCGUAUUUCUGCACGUGCAAUAAUAUCAGAAGCACAAAGAUGGCGACCUCCCUGCUUAGGUUAGGACGACUCGGAUUAUUGAAGUGCCAUCGUCAGGAUGGCUGGGGCUCUCUGAGAACCCCACUCACAGCGGCUUUCUGCACUAAAGCGGAUGCACCCAAGAAAGCGGCAAAGAAAGCGCAGAGUAAGACCUCAGAGGCCCCUGACGAGAGGGCGGCUCUGCUAGCCUACAAGACCGCUGUUGCCUUCCCUACUAGAAUUUCCACUCCAGGAUUUCUCAGUCAUGGUGUUGCACUAGGUGAACAUGAGCAAAGCACAGAUCCCGUGACAGGUGAGAGUGCAGCACCUUCCAGCCACCCGGCCGCUGGUGCCGAACCCACUCCCACAACACCUCAGGUGUCAUCUGAGGCUUCGAUUGAAGAAACCGUCAAUGCUGUCGAUGCCAAACAAACUGAAUCCACCAAAGAUGAACCUGAAAGCGGUGCUGUUGGUGCAGGAGACACUACUCUAAUUACAGAAACUGCUACUGAAAAAGAGGUAAUAAGCUCAACUCGGGCCGAUAUGGAAGCACCAAAAUCUAAAGUCGCACCAAAAGAUGAUGACACUACAUCCUCCUCGUCCUCUUCCAGUGAUUCGGAUUCUGACUCCGACUCGGAUGAUGAAAAACCCGACAAGACUGAGGAGAUCGCAUCAGUGGUCCAGACUAAACAUAAAGCAGGACAAAAAGGAAUGCCCUCGGCUGGGAGUGAAGCGUCUUCCUUAGACAUGAAGAUUGGAGCGGGUCCUGAAAGAGAAACUAAAGAACCAAUUAAAGGACAACCUGAAGUCACCAAAAUUAUGAGUAAACCUACACCUGAAGAAGUGCUCGCACCAAGCACAUCAGUAUCAUCAGAAGAGGUCAUUGACCCUGCUCCUGUCAUAUGCACAGCUGAGAGCGUUAAAGUUCAAUCAGAAAGCAUACCAGUAAAAGAAGCAGGUGUGGAGGUGAAGUCUUCAGAAGUUUCUGAUGCCUUGUCUGAACCUGCCACUAAAGCAGCCCAGGACAUAUCUGCUAAACCCACACUGGAUGUCGUCCUUGAUUCUGCUACCGAAAUGGCUUCUGAACCUGAGACUAAAGCUGCGCCAGAACCGGCCAAGUGUGUAGAUGCUGCCGAAGAGUUAGUCGACUCCGCUCCUAUAAUUACUGACGCAGAAGAAGUCAGAGCCAAACCUGAAGCAACAGCUGCACAUGAGGAAACUGCAGCAGCUCCAGCAGCUCCAGCACCCGAACCUGAGCCAUUUGACAACACCACAUACAAGAACCUGCAACAUCAUAAUUACAACACUUACACAUUUGUGGAUAUGGAUGUGGAGAUGGCCAAGCACCGUCUGCCCCAGCCCUCUACAGGGAGACACUCACCCAGGGACUGAUCUCUCACUCCCUCAGGGGGCCUGUGAUCUCCUUCCUGUUCUCUACAGUGAUUAGCAUCCUACUGCUUUUGCUUGAUGCUGGUUUGUCGGUCAGAUGGUUGACCACUGUGAGGCUUUCUGUUGAAAUGCUUGUAAUUUCAUUAAAAUAUAUUAAUUGAUGAAUGGUG